UAUGUAGAGCUUUCUCAAACGACGCAGCUACUUCACGAUGGAGACAAGUAAAUUGGUUGCCUCACUGUCAUGGCGAGAUAAACCAUAUCCGUUGAGCAAAGUUCUCGCGAAAUACAAUGUUCCGAACUUGGUUCUUACCGAGGAAGGCCGUUAUGGCAGGAACGAAGCGCACAGUUUUGAAGCCAACCAAGUUUUCGUGCUUCACACAAUUCGCGAGAGGCGGCGACUCAUCGCUGAAGAUUCCGACGGAAGACCCAUAGCGAUACCAGAGAAGUGCGAAUGCAAGCUCUUAGUUCGUCCGUUCACAGAGUAUUGCAAAUACGAUACAGUAUACGUCUGCGACAUGCCACAAUUUUAUCCAGACGUUAAAUACUUCCGCGUGACAGAAAAUGAACAGAACGAGGGAAUCGAGCGAUACUUCAAGCCUGGAUCAACAGUAAGAAUUGAACACAUCGACACAGAGAAUCUCGUGGUGAAAUUCAAAGAUGUGAAGAAGCCACUGCGGUUUAAUUGUCGUAUAGAGUUUGAAGCAUUGCUGGACAAUCGUGAACAUACUUUAGAAAGUGCUGCGGAUAAGUUUGGCUUUCCAAUGAAGGUUCACUUUUUGCCAGGUGGGACUACCCAAGAAAGGCCAAAAAACCUUCACGAGAAACUCGUUUCAAAAUUGGGCAAAGUAACAAUUCGCAAGAGGUCAGAACUUGAAGUUGAAGUGCUUGCCACCGAUUUUAAUCCGGUUUCAGAUUCGGUGAAAGCUUGGUUGAUAUCAAAGGAUUCCAAGCUAAGUGUUUUGGUGUCUGAGGAAUGUCUUCGUAAUGAUCUAGUCUACUUAAAGACCGUGGAUUAUUUGAACAAAAAAUUUUUCCAAAAAUACGAUCAUCUAUCUGGCGAUAAUGUCAACAUAUGUCAAUAUCUGGAUGGACCAGACGGGAAUACAACACCAGAAAUAACUGGCUGUGUCUUAAAAGCGAAGAAACGAAAUGAAACGGAACUUACGGAAGCGAUAUAUGAGGAGGUUAUCAACAAAAAGGCAGGAACCUCGGACGGUUACUGUCAAUUCCUACCUCCACCUGAAGAGGAAGAGGCAUAUCUAGUACCCGUAGACAGAGACCUACCGGUAGACGAAGACCACGUGUAUGAAAGUAUCCCCGACAGUGUUGUACCACUGUCAGAGACACUUUCACCUUCACGUGGUACAUCACGUGAUGAUGAGAAUAUAUACGAGCCUGUUUCGAAUUCCAUGACAGCGAUUUCACACAUGAACCAUGCGAUCCUAAAGAGGAACACGAAAGUCCCCCCCUCGGGGAGGAGUGGCACCCCGAACAAAAAAAACAGUAAUUCUCUACCGAACAGAAAUGAACUUCGCGCGAAGUCAGUUGACAAUAUCUUUGCGGCAACCAAGCCUGAGAAUGAAAAGCAUGCUCAAACUAUGAACACACAGUUUUCUGUAUCAAUUUCAGAGUUAAGAAUCCGUGAAAGAACACAGCGGAAUUUUUCAAUGUCCGAGAUAGAACAAAAACAAGACGGUGAUAUCUCUACUGGUAGCAAUGAGUUGGGAUCUAGAACUGAGAUAUCGGAUGUAACUUCCAGAAUCAAGGACGGUGUUAGAAAUAAUUCGCAGAGGGAGAUUCGUCCCUCAAAUCCUCCCGUCAUAAAACCGAAACCAACUCGUUCCAAUCGUGAUGUCAACUCUGGAAAACGCGAUGGUUUUGAUUCAGUGAAACGACCAGUUACUGGCUGUCACAAUCGGGACGUUCACUUCAACGAUGCCAUCGGUUCUACGGCUGACGAUGCGGGUUUGACAAAACGCCCGCCACUGCCGGAGAAAAAAUCCAUCAUUCGAAAGCAGAAACCAGGCGAAAUUACUGCUAAAGCUAAUCGUCUUGAUUAUGUGAGACGACCGGUUACUGGCUGUCACAAUCAGAACGUUCACUUCAACGAUGCCAUCGGUUCUACGGCUGACGAUCGAGAUUUGACAAAACGCCCGCCACUUCCGGAGAAAAAAUCCAACAUUCAAAAGCAGGAAGCCGGUGGAAUUACUGCAGAAAAUACGAACACAAAACCAGACGACAGAGUUUCAAAUAAAGUAACAAAUCUCAGAAGCAACACUACUGUCAGUUCUACGAUGAAACCCCCGAUUCCGGAGAAAAAACCCAGUAUUCGAAAGCAGAAAUCAGGCGAAAUUACUGGAGAAAAUACGAACACAAAGCCAAACAAUGACAGAGCUUCCAAUAAAAUAACAAAUCUUGAAAGCAACACUACUGUCAGUUCUACGACGAAACCCCUGAUUCCGGAGAAAAAAUCCAGUAUUCGAAAGCAGAAAGCGGACGAAAUUACUACGAAAAAUACGAACACAAAACCAGACAUCGACACAGCUUCUAAUAAAGUAACAAAUCUCAGAAGCAACACUACUGUCAAUUCUACGACAAAACCCCCGCCAGUUCCGGAGAGAAUAUCCAGUAUUCGAAAGCAGGAAUCAGGCGAAAUUACUACGAAAAAUACGAUGACAAAACCAAACGACACAGCUUCAAAUGAAGUAACAAAUCUCAGAAGCAACACUGCUGUCAACUCUACGACAAAGCCCCCGCCAGUUCCGGAGAAAAAACCCAGUAUUCGAAAGCAGAAAUCAGGCGAAAUUACUGCAGAAAAUACGAACACAAAGCCAAACAACGACAGAGUUUCAAAUAAAGUAACAAAUCUUGAAAGCAACACUACUGUCAGUUCUACGAAACCUCCGAUUCCGGAGAAAAAAUCCAGUAUUCGAAAGCAGAAAGCGGACGAAAUUACUGCGAGUAAUACGAACACAAAAUCAGACAAUGACACAGCUGACAAAACCGAAUCCUCACGCCAAAAAAGCUCGCCUUCAACCACCGACUUGUCGUCCCUUACUGUGGCCGAAGUUUGCGAACUUUUGACUAGCUUGAAUAUGGCAUACUGUGUAAACACGUUUCGUGAGAAGAAUAUAGACGGGAAGAGGUUGAUUAGCUCAGAUGAAGCUACUUUAUCUUCUUGGAAUGUGGAGAAAUUUCACGUGGUAAAACUGAAGAGUUAUAUUUCAGGUUGGAGACCAAAAGUUGAGAACAACAAAUAGUUAUUUUAUUGUCAAAAACAAGUAUAGCUAUAAGUAAGUAUCUACCCAAUAUAAUCUGACUUUGUCGACAACGCCCGGUCGUUAACUGAUAUAUUAUAUAGGUUACUCGAAGACUUUCAUAAACAAAUAGCGAAGCACACACAACAAAUACAUCACAUCAGACACGAAUAUUUUGCGAAAAGUUUUAACGUUCAAAUCAAUUUCUAUAUAUGCAUGCGUAGAACGGAAAUGAUUUUAAGGUUUUAGCGCAAAAUAUUUAAAAAACCUACCCUGGGGACACUCAACAUAUUACCUUCAUAUAUUUUUUUGAAUACUCAAAACACCCCUGAUUGACUAGACUUCAUUCGAAAACAAUUAUAACUGUCUUAACAUUUAUAACAACAUGGCGACCUUUUCAGCAAGCAGGCACUUAUGCGGGUUUUCCCUGAUCCUAUAUAUACCAAGCCUCGCUUUAAUGCAAUAUAUUCUAAGCGAGACUAAGUGGUGAAGACAAAAAGUAUAUGGGAAAACCCGCAAAAGUGCUGUAUGUCAUGAUUUCAGAACCCAAGUUUUUUUUAGAAAAAACUGAAGUAACAUCUUUUAAACUCUUUGUAGAUAAAAUCGAUUUUAUGUAUAGUGUAGUAUAUAGCAGUAUUUUAAAUUCUAACUAUUUUAAUUGCUGCGAGCGAAGCGAGGAGCAUUCUAUUCUGUAUGCGUAUACGAUCUCGCUGUUUUGGUAUGUAUGUAGUGUGUGACGUCAUGAUAAAUUUCAUGAUGUGUGACGUCAUGAUAAAUAUUA